GCCGAGCCUCGCGGCCGCACUCCCUCGGCGGCCCGCGGCACUCGGCCGCUCAGCCUCGACGGUGCGGGGCCCCCGCCCCGCCGGGCCCCUCCCGGACCCGGCGCUCGCGGGAGCAGCGAGGCCCCUCGUGGUGCGCGCGCUGCGCUGCGCGCGAUGCCCUCGCCGCGACGGGCCGCCCGCUACGCCGUGCUCCUGGCGGCCCUCGCACUGCGGGCCGGCGCGGCCAGCGUCUCCAUCGGCGGCGACGGCCUCACCUCGCAGGACGGCGGCGCGCCGACCGGGGGAGAGCCCCAGGCGGCGCAGGCGGCCGCGGCGGUUGGCGCUGCGGGCCUCGUGGGUCGCGCGGGCGCCGGCGAGGACGCCCACGACGACCCAGUGGCGUCUGAGGACGAGCUGGUGCUCGUGCAGGAGUCGGCAAGCGUGGACGCCACCGCCGAGGCUGCGGUGCUGGACACAGCCCCGGUGUACUUGCUCCAAGGUGCAUUGAACUUGGAGGGCAAGACUACCCAGUGA